AUGAGCAAAGACAGCACGACAACGCUGGCCGACCAGGUCCCGGCCCGUGAUCUGGUUGCUGCCCGCUACCACGAGGCAGUGAAAGAGCGCCAGUCAAAUCCGGAUCAGAUCUUCUAUGACGCUGAGGACUUGACCGAGCUCGAUCCAAAUCUCGUCGCUCUCUCCAGCGCGACCCAGGAGAACCCAAGGGCCUGGUCAGUGCGACGGAAGUGGGUAGUCACGCUGCUGACCGGAACCUACUGCUUCCUCGCCCCAUUUGCGAGUACAAUCUUUGCGCCAUCGCUUCCGUCAAUGAUGGCAGACGUUGGGGAGACAGAUCCAGUUAAAGGUGCACUUCAAAUCGCCAUCUUUCUCCUUUCGUUUGCGCUCGCCCCAAUCUUCCUAGCCCCCCUGAGCGAGAUACACGGCCGGCGCCCUAUACUCCGAUAUGGAAACUUGUUCUUCGCCGCGUUCAGUCUGGGGAGCGGCUUCAGUCAGACGACUGCUCAGCUAUCCGCCUGCCGCUUCCUAGCAGGAGUCGGUGGGUCGGCGUCCAUGGCUGUAUUUGGCGGGGUGUUGUCGGACGUCUGGCCUGUCAAGGACAGGGCUCGAGCAUCAGCUAUACUAGGCACCACUCUAAUGCUGGGUCCCGUUCUUGGGCCGGCCUGUGGCGGUUGGAUGUCUGAGCGCGCGUCGUGGCGAUGGACAUGCUGGGUGCCGGUAAGCAGUCAAUUCCCGCCUCCAGUUCUCGGUCUAACCGGCAUGACCAACAAGGCAAUGGCAGCUGUAGGAUUGGAGCUGGUUUCGACGUUUGCUUUUUACGAAUCAUAUAUUCCGUCGAUACUCACAGCCAAGGUGAAGCGCCUGCGCAAGGAGCAGUCCAACCCUGAUCUAUACACGGUGAUGGACAUUGAUGCCGCAGUCAUGUAUCUCGUCCUCGACCCGGCGCUGGCCUUGUUAUCGCUGUACUACGCCGUUGUCUUUGGGAUAUUGUACCUGAUUGUUGUCACCUUCCAAUUCGUCUUUGGUCAGGGGUACGGCCACUCGCCUGGCGUCGUCGGGAUGGAUUUAAUCACCGAAGGUGUUGGCGCGUUCAUAGGCAUGUUCACCACCGCCAAGUUGCUGGACAUUGUUUACCGGAGGCAGAUCCAGAAGAAGGAGUAUAAAUCAGAGACCAGAUUGAUCAGCGCAUUCCCGGGAGCCAUUUUCGUGUCGACCGGCUUGUUCAUCUACGGAUUCACGGCGCUUCGGACGCAUUUCGUUCUGCCCCUGAUUGGGAUGCUCAUCUUCAGCUUCGGCAUGACCAACACAUAUUUGGCGAUUCAGCUGUACAUAAUUGAUAGCUUCGACUACCCCGCAUCAGCCAUUGCCGGACUCUCGGUCCUCCGUUGUCUCUUUGCCGCAGUUUUCCCACUAUUUGGCCCGCGACUCAUUGAUUCACUUGGCGUUGAUUGGGGCAUGGCGCUAUUGGGAUUCAUAUCCCUAGGCCUGGGUCUCCCAUUUCUGCCACUGAUUUACCACUAUGGCCCGCGCCUGCGAGCGGUUGGGAAGAGGAACCGCACCCGACUGUUUGGGUAG